GCCCCCAUCCGCUGGUUGGGUUUGCGCAGGCGCCCACGGAAGUGGGCCGCAGGAAGCGGAAGUCCCGCCUAUGUGUAGCUCUCUGCGGAAGGCUGAAGCAACGCGGAGGUGACGGUAGUGACUUGAGCGUGCGGCCACCACCAUCGCCAACAUGAGCCUCCUCAACAAGCCCAAGAGUGAGAUGACCCCAGAGGAGCUGCAGAAGCGGGAGGAGGAGGAGUUUAACACAGGGCCACUGUCCGUGCUCACCCAGUCGGUCAAGAACAACACCCAAGUGCUCAUCAACUGCCGCAACAACAAGAAGCUCCUGGGCCGUGUGAAGGCCUUCGACAGGCACUGCAACAUGGUGCUGGAGAACGUGAAGGAGAUGUGGACCGAAGUCCCCAAGAGUGGCAAGGGCAAGAAGAAGUCCAAGCCAGUCAACAAGGACCGCUACAUCUCAAAAAUGUUCCUGCGCGGGGACUCGGUCAUUGUGGUCCUGCGGAACCCGCUCAUCGCCGGCAAGUAGGGGCCUCCUCCCUGCCGUCAGAACUUGCCCCCUCGUUUUGCGAAGACUUGCCCUUUGUGCUGGGAAUAAUAAAGUCAUGUGUUUUUUCUAG